AUGUUGCAGAUGCAACAGACCAUCCAAAAUCAGCAACAACCUGCUCAGGAACAAGCAGCCGUGAACGCAGCGCGAGAAGAGCAUGGUCUGGUACAGAAGAGCACGUUCAGCGGCCUCACUUCAGACAUUCCAAUGGACCACAUAGAGGCCUUUGAGAGGAUCUGCAAUUUCUCUCGCUCUAAUGGAGUGCCGCCAGAUUAUGUCAAAUGCACGUUGUUCCCAUUCUCUCUUGAAGGGAAACUUCUCGCUGGUUGCAAUCUCUCCCAACCGGUGUUCUACGAUGGAGUGAGUUAUGAGUUCCGAAACACCCUUGACUCUUCUAGUAAUGGAGACUUCAUGACUCAAACCACACCUGGUGCGUUUGCGUUGAUUGAGAACAUGGCAUCAAGUUCACAGAACAAGAACAAGGAGCAUGACCGCUCGAAGAGUGUGAACAGCAUAGAUGAUCUCACUGCGAAGGUGGACCAACUGCUUAAGGGAAACCAAAGCCAAGUGUUCAUAAUGGAAGAAGCAACUCCUGAGAAGAGUGCCGUUCAACUGAGGAGCGGAAAACAACUUUAUGAGCCAGAGAAGAGGAGGUUCACCACGGCUGAGAAAGGGAAGCAUAAAGAGUCAGAACAACUACCAGCCGAUACCCCGUCAGUUGAGAGGAAUACAGAACCAGCAGUUGGAACAAGUUCACCAGGGCCAGAACAACCAGCUGAAGCUGUUCGCCCUAUCCCAGAGGUUGUUCCUCCUCGCGAAUACAUUCCUAAAGUCCCUUACCCUGUUCCAGCAAAGGCCACUCGUAUGGACAGAGAGGAGAUGAAGUGCAGGAAGAUGCUGGAGGACCUAACCGUCCGACUCCCCUUGAUUGGUGCGAUCCAGAUGAUGCCCUCCAUGCGCAGCUUUAUGAAGGGAUUGAUCUCAGGAAAAAUAUCAGAGGAGAGCGAAUUCAUGACAGUUUCCAAGGAGUGCAGCGCAGUGCUUCAGAACAGGCAGAGAAAGAAGCGAGGAGACCCCGACAAGUUCGUCCUCUCUAUCCAGAUUGGGAAGACAGUUUUUGCAUGCUCCUUGGUUGAUCUUGGAUCCAGCGUGAACCUCAUGCCUUACUAUGUAUCACGACGUCUAGGAUACACACAUUUCAAACCAACUAAGAUGUCCUUAGUGUUCGUGGAUAGAUCAGUCCAAUCCCCAGUUGGUAUACUAGAGGAUCUCCAAGUAAAAGUCGGAAACACCUCUGUUCUUGCAGACUUCGUUGUUCUGGAGCUGGAAGAAGAGUCUAAGGAUCCUCUCAUCUUGGGAAGACCAUUCCUAUGUACUGUUGGAGCCAUCAUUGAUGUGCGACAAGGGAAGAUUGAUCUGAAUCUUGGGGACAUAGUCAUUCAAUUCGAGAUGGAUGAGCUACUAAAAGAGCCGAUGUUAGAUGGGUAG